AUGAAGCUUCUCUCCCUCCUUGUGGCAGCACAGGCCACAGCCCUCCCCGUCAUCAAAAUCUCCGCCCCCAGCCUAAAAGACUCCUCCCCCUCUGACUCCCACAACAACACCGAGUCAACCUCCCACACCCACUCCUCCCAAACAACCGCCUACAGCAACAACUGGUCUGGCACCGUCCUCACCCAGCCCCCCUCGGGCGACGAAUUCACCCAUGUCUCCACCAUAAUCACCAUCCCCAAGGUGUCCUCCGACGGGCUGGACUCGUACCAAUCCGCCUCCGUCUGGGUCGGUAUCGACGGCGCCACUGUCUCCGACGCUAUCCUGCAGACAGGCGUUAACGUGGGCAUCCUCGACGGCUCCCCGCACUAUUCCGCAUGGUACCAGUGGUACCCCGAGGCAUCGGUAACAUGGCCCGACUUCGAGCUGCAAGCCGGCGACGUCGUGGAGACAACCGUCAACGCAACCUCCAAGACCUCUGGUAUCUGCAUCGUCGAGAACAAGAGCACCGGCCAAAAAGUCACAAAGACCCUCGAAGCACCGAAGCCCUCGUCCACGCUCAGUGGCAAGAAUGCAGAGUGGAUCGUGGAAGAUUUCCUGUCGAACGGGUCGCCGGUGCCGCUGGUGGACUUUGGAGAGAUUACGUUUGAGGAGAGCAAGGCGGAGACGAAGAAGGGGAAGAGUGUGGGGGUGUCGGGUGCGACGCCGUAUAUUAUGGUUAUUGACGGGGAGCAGGUUAGUGAGGUGGAUGUUGUGAAUGACUCGCGGUUUAAGGUCAAACAUACUUAA